GAAGGCACCCGGCGGGAGGGAGGGGGGAGGCGCCCCCGAGCCCCGCGGAGGCGGCGGGAGGGAUGGGAUCGGCCCCGCCACCUGCCUGGGCGACUCCCGGAGACACCGCCGCCGCGGGGAGUCGACCAGCAUCCAGAAUGGCAGGCUUGUCCACUUUAAUCCUCCUGUUGUGUGCUGCUAAAGAUGUGAUGCCCUCCAGUUCUCACUGGAAGCCAACUUGGCCAUCCUACAGAGUUCCAGUUAUCCUGCCACAGUCUACCCUUAACUUGGACAAACCACAGUUCGAUGCUGAAGCCAGACUGGAAGUGGUAUCUCCCUGUGGCCCAGCAUGCCACAAAAGUUCUCCGCUGCCAACUUAUGAAGAAGUGAAGAACUACCUGUCCUAUGAAACCCUGUAUGCUAAUGGUAGCCUCACUGAAACUGAAGUGGGCAUAUAUAUUUUGAGCAAUGGUGAUGGGUCUCAAGGCAGAUCUCGAACUAAGAGGCAGAUCUAUGGCUAUGACAGCAGGUUUAGCAUUUUUGGGAAGGACUUCUUGUUGAAUUACCCGUUCUCCACCUCGGUGAAGCUAUCUACAGGUUGUACGGGGACGCUGGUGGCUGAAAAGCAUGUUCUUACUGCUGCCCAUUGUAUCCACGAUGGCAAGAGCUACGUCAAAGGAGCUCAGAAACUGCGGGUGGGGUUCCUAAAGCCCAAACUGAAAGAUGGCAGCAAAGGGGCCAAUGUCACCAACUGCAUGCCUGAGAAAAUGAAAUUCCAGUGGAUCCGAGUGAAAAGGACACAUGUCCCUAAAGGAUGGAUCAAAGGCAAUGCCAAUGACAUUGGCAUGGAUUAUGACUAUGCCCUGCUGGAGCUGAAGAAGCCUCAUAAAAGAAAGUUCAUGAAAAUAGGUGUGAGCCCACCAGCAAGACACUUGCCUGGAGGGAGGAUUCACUUCUCUGGCUACGACAAUGAUCGUCCAGGAAACCUGGUUUACCGCUUCUGCGACGUCAAAGAUGAAACCUACGACCUGCUGUACCAGCAGUGCGACGCCCAGCCGGGCGCGAGCGGCUCCGGGGUGUACGUGAGGAUGUGGAAGAGGCAGGAUCACAAAUGGGAGCGUAAAAUCAUUGGCAUAUUUUCAGGCCAUCAGUGGGUGGACAUGAACGGCACCCCGCAGGAUUUCAAUGUAGCCGUGCGCAUCACGCCCCUCAAAUACGCACAGAUCUGUUACUGGAUCAAAGGCAACUACCUUGACUGCAGGGAAGGAUAAAAGACAGUGAAACUCCUUGAAAGCACUUAAUGACUGGUUUUAAUUACUCGUCUGAGGAGGGGC